AUGCGCGGUAUUUUGGGCUUCGGGAAGUCCCGUGUCGACGGUGCUGCCACAGCUGAGCGGCGUCUGAAUUCCAAAGACAACCUGCACGACCAGACCAGCUGCCGUGCCGUCGCAGGUAUUGCCUUGUUGAAAGCAAAACGUGUGGGCAGUCCAUCUCACAAGGUGCCCGAGACUGCACCUACAACAACAACAACAACAACAACGGGGUCUCAGCAGAACGUCUGCAAAAGAUGGAAAGCCGCCCUCGAAGCGGCAUCUUGCCCCCCGAAGGGACAGGUUGCCGCAUAA